AUGCCUAUCAAAGGAGCUGACCAACUUGAACAAUUCGCUAAAGCGAACCCGGUAUGAAUUACAGUUGCUUUACUUCAUAUUUUAAAUUAUGUGCGGCGAUGUUACAAAUGUUGCAAAAUGGGGGUUUGUUCGAAGGAACGAAAUUCGACACUUAAUGUCUCGCGUGAAAAUAUGUACCUAACAAAAAUUGCUAAUUUAUCUUGUUUUUAUCUACUUAGCAGCUAAAUAGUCGAGGGCAAGCUGAGAAGCAUUAAAAUUACGAUUUAAUAUAGUAAACAUUGGAUGUAGUCGAUAAUUAGUUCAUAAUAUUUCUUAUACAGACCAAAUAUUAUUCGUUUGUUUUAUCUAUAAUUACGCAAUGAUCUGAUAGGAUAUUAGCUGAAAUAUUGAAUUCAUUUGGGUUGUUUGGUUAGUAUAAUAAGAUUAAAUUUAUUUUUAAAUAUACCAUCUAGGCCGACUUAAAGUUUAUGAUGCAAUAUUAAGAUAUCAGCAGUUUAGUUAUAUAACUAGGGUGUUAAUUAGUAAAUAUUAGCUGCGAGCUAAGAUCACAUGACUGGGCACUCGAGUUCAUGGAAUUUUGCCCAGAUUCUUGAUAUUGCUAGGUGUACUAGAUAAAUAGCUUUACUGUAUGAAAAACCUAUUUUUUGUCACUUAUUCAAAAAACAAAGUCAUGUGCUAGUCAUAUAAACUGUGCAUGCCCUUGUGUGAAGAGGGUGUGGUUUCUUGCAAUGUCUUACGAGCUAGAUGUAUGGGGGAAAAAAUGAUGGACAAUUGACUUAGCUUGCCUGACUUUAAAUGUCUUAAAGCCCAUUUACACUGGCAAUUCUUGCUGUGAUUUUAGGUGCGAUUUCCUUUUGAUGAACAAGGGUACAUGUACUCAAACGUUCGUAACUCAUCUACAUGUUCAUAUACGCAUCAGAAGAAGAAAAUUGUGUUAGAAAUUGCGGCAAAAAUUACAAGUGUAAAUGAGCCUUUACGAUCUAUACGGUAACCAUAGAUAUAAAACAACAUGCAUGCUCUUGUAUGCCUAUCUGCUGAAACUUAAGCAUGCAACUUUUUGUCAGCACAGAUAUGUUGCACAUAGAAAAAUAUAAAGUUGUUAGAAUCAAAUCAACAGUAUGAAACUGUGUAGAUUAUCAUUCUUGAUUUCAAGCAAGAAUUAUUCAAUGAUGCCACAAUAAAUGACUGAACUACGGUAUGCGUGUGUAAUAAGAGCAUUUAUAGGUCUGGCAUUAGACGGAGUAACAUACUAAAGCGGAGCACAUUAGUGUGCAAUGCAACCAUAGACAAUUGAACUGUCUAUGAUGCAUCUUAAUGGGUUAAUGAUCGCUUACUUAAGGUUUCUAUUUUCUCACUAGAACCCUGUUCGAGCCACAACAGGUUUUGGAUGCCCUGUGGAAACAGUGACGGCAACAAAGACCGUUGGUGAACGUGGUCCAAUCCUGCUCCAGGAUACAUUUUUCCUCGACACGAUGACUCACUUUGACCGUGAGAGAAUCCCCGAACGUGUUGUUCACGCUAAAGGUGGUGGGGCAUUUGGGACAUUCAAAGUGACACAUGACAUCACAAAGUAUUGCAAGGCCAGCAUUUUCUCUAAGAUUGGCAAGGAGACACCGUGUCUUGCUCGAUUCUCUACUGUGGGUAGGUUGAUAGAUUUUUAAAUUAAAUAUGGUAAUAGGUAGACAGACAUGCUUUCUGGUUCUCUCCUAGUGCCCACCAAGGCUAGCAACUGGUCCUUAAAAUUGUGUAUUUAUACCAAUGCUCCUUAAAAUUUACUUGGAGUUUAGAUUCAAAUUAGGUGAAGAAUCCUAGCAUUUAGCAUUAGUUGCAGUUACCUACAGUAUCUGCCAAUGUGUCUAAUGGUAACCCAUAAUAACCAAACUCUACCCUACUUUAUUAUUUUACUCCAGUGUCUAACUCCAGAUGAUCUUACUCGUCAAGGAGAGUGUCUCAUGCUUCAAUUAAUGGGGAAUACAUUUAAUUUUCUCUCUCAAUAUUGAAGGUGGUGAAUCGGGUAGUGCUGAUACCGCAAGGGACCCGAGGGGAUUUGCGAUGAAGUUUUAUACUGAAGAUGGAAACUGGGAUUGCGUUGGAAACAAUACUCCAAUCUUUUUCAUCCGAGAUCCCAUAUUGGUAAGCUGCCUUUUGUUAUUGUAUCAGUUGAAACUGCUAUUGUGGUCUGAGAUAUCUCCAUGAUGUGUGAAUGAACUGCUUGAAAAUAUUAAUUGAGAUCCUAUCUUACUGUUUUGAGUGGACUGCUUAUGCUGUGUCUUUGUGCCAGUAUUACUGACUAGGUUUAUACAUUUCUAUUUUGUAGUUUCCCAGCUUCAUUCACACCCAGAAACGAAACCCUGUGACACAUUUGAAGGUAUCCAAAAUAAAACUUACAUAUUAAGUUGCAUUUUAACUGCACCCUAGUUUACUCUGUUAGUUUACUCUGUCUUACGUCAGAUGAUUUUGCCUGGGGUGAAAGACCACAGUGUCUACUUUUACCACUAGUGUCUUUUACUAGUGUCAGAUGAUUUUACGUGCUGAAGAUUUCAAACCCUGAAUAAGACGUACUAUGAUUUCAAACCCUGAAUAAGACGUCUUAUUCUGCCGAAUAAGACGUACUAUGCUUUUACUUAACAAUGCACUGACACUCAAUGGGUUAUAGCCAAAUGGUUGACUGACUUUCUGACUGUUGGAGACUUCGAAAGGGCUACAUUGAACUAUACAAACACUUCUGGAAAACUUUUUUAUUUAGUAGUUUUAUUUAUCUUGAUAAUUUUGUUGGUAUUUCUAGGAUCCCAACAUGUUCUGGGAUUUCAUCACCUUGCGUCCUGAGACAACCCAUCAAGUCUGUUUCCUGUUUGGUGACCGAGGCGUUCCUGAUGGUUUCUGUCACAUGAAUGGUUACGGCAGUCACACCUUUAAAAUGGUCAAUGCCAAGAAUGAGGCUGUCUACUGCAAAUUCCAUUUCAAGGUAAUAUACUGUAUACGAUUUCCAAAACUGCCAAUUAAGACUCAAUGUGAUGAGUUAUAAGUUGCAAGGACGAGUUAUAUAAGUCAUAAUAGUUAUUAGUCAUAACAAUGAGUUUAACUUUUCAGACUGAUCAAGGCAUCAAGAACCUCUUCCAAGCUGAAGCUGAUAAGCUGGCUGGUGCUGAUCCAGAUUAUUCAAACAGAGAUCUUUACGAAUCUAUUACUAAUGGCAAUUUUGUAAGUGAAGUUGGUUAUAUUUCUAGUAACCCUCUAUUGAUGGCAAAGCACCCUGAUGCACACUAUGUUAUUAUUUGACUCUGUCUAACGGCAGAUGAUUUUACUCGUCAUGGAGAGAGUGCUGCCACUCAAUGGGAUAAAGAACAAACUUUUUCCUUUAUAGUACAAUGAAUAUAUAAUCUUUUGCUUUAUAUUAUAGCCAUCCUGGACCUUGUAUAUUCAAGUGAUGACGUUUGAAGAAGCAGAGAAAUGCAAAUGCAAUCCAUUUGAUCUCACAAAGGUGUGUACUGUCUGACACAACAUGGACAUGAAUAUGUAUUAGCUUGUGAAACUUUCUAAACGAGAACAUUCGUAUUUUUCUACAAUUUAAAAUAAACUAAUAAGUUCAUAUAAAUCAGCAUGAUUCUGUAUCAGAUAUACAAACUCCUUCACGCUCAUGAUAUCUUUUGUGUUUUCUUCGUGAAUUAUCAAUGAGUUUCACAACUAUCUAUACAAAAUUUAGAUCUGGUCGCACAAGGAACACCCACUCAUUCCAGUUGGCAAAAUGACCUUGAACCGCAAUGCAUCCAACUACUUCGCUGAGAUUGAACAAAGUGCUUUCAAUCCCGCAAACAUGGUGCCCGGAAUUGAACCCUCGCCAGACAAAAUGCUCCAGGGACGUCUUUUCUCCUACCAUGAUACACAUAUCCAUCGUCUUGGCUUAAACUACCAUCAACUGCCCGUCAACUGCCCAUAUAAGUGCAGUACUAAAAAUUAUCAAAGAGAUGGACCACAGACCUUUGAAGUCCCAGGUAUGUGUUUCAACUGUCCAGUAUUACACUGAACUUAAGUGCCCAACAGAAGAUGAUGUGGAAAGUGUUUUUUUAUUAUGUUUCCAACAUGCUUUGUUUACUUUCCCAAUUCCCAGUGCAUUCAGAAUUGUGAUGCAAUUGUGUGAUGGAGCUAUCCAGUAUAAAUAAAGUAGUUUAGUUCAGGUUUUCUCCUGUAGUAACACUGGAUCAAUAAGAGAUGAUCCUCACUGGACCUUCAGGAAAAACAGUUUAGAACUGAUGGAGGUAUCUAAUAUAAAUCAAGUUAGUUUGGUUUAGAUUUCCUCCUAUGGUAACACUGGAUCAAUAACAGUUUAGAAUUGAUAGAACUAUCCAGUAUAAAUAAAAUUAAAGUUAGUUUAGUUUAGGUUUUCUUUUGUAGUAACAUUGGAUCAAUAAGAGAUGAUCCUUACUGAACCUCUAGGGAGAACAGUUUAGAACUGAUAGAGCUAUCCAGUACAAAUAAAGUUAGUUUAGUUUAGGUUUCCUCCUGUAGUAAUGCUGGAUCAAUAAGAGAUGAUCCUUACUGGACCUCUAGGGAGAACAGUUUAGAACUGAUAGAGCUAUCCAGUAUAAAUAAAGUUAGUUUAGUUUAGGUUUCCUCCUGUAAUAACACUGGAUCAAGAAGGGAUGAUCCUUCCUGGUUCUCUAGGAAGAACAGUUUAGAACUAAUAGAGCUAACCAGUAUAAAAAAAGUUAGUUUAGUUUAGUUUGAGUUCCCUCCUGUAACAUUGUCACACAGCACCUGUAGCCUACAUCAGAUUUCUAAACCUUGCUAUGUGUGUUUGUUAGAUGGAGCACCCAAUUAUUACCCAAACAGUUUCAGUGGACCAAAACCUGAGGAACAUCAUCGUCACCAUGUUCAAACGGUAUGAGCGUUUUUCUAUCAUUUGCAUAUCAGAGAGAUUGAGAUUUGACAUCCACUAUACCAGUAGCGGUAGUUUCAUGUAAAAAGAUUAAGAGGGGAUUUUUUUGUAUGUUUGACGUAACACGCGCUUAAAACUAAUGCGUGUAAUAUUCCACUUGAGGUUAUGACUAAAUUAAAAAUUUUUAUUUUUUGAUACGUUUCUCAAUCGGCAAACAAACUUAAAAAGUAUGUUUAGUGCUUUAUUUGUAAAAUAAUACUAAAAUGAAGAGAUUUUAGAUGAUACGCCAAAGAGAAAAUGACGUCUGAAGUUCAGUAAGUUUUGCUUAAAUGGCUGUAAAUAUAGCGUCAAUUUUAAAGAAUCAUUGAUAAUUGUAUUUUAAUUGACAAUUUUUAACUAUUAUUUUAUGUUUCACAACCGGCAGAUGCAUUUAAAAAGGUAGAUAACUCUAUAAACUAGAGAAUAAAGCUAAAACAAAGUAAUCUUGAGAGGAACGCCAAAAAGAUUUUAGGUUUUGAACACUUUUCAUUGCAAAUACGUGACAUUGAAAAAAAUUGCCUCUUAAUAUUUUUUUUGUGCAUAUUAACAUCUGGAUACGAUUAAAUGCGCUUUACAUUAAGUAUUAUACGCUUACCUAAUUACAUACACGGCAAAAAACGCCGAGUCCGCUGCUCAACAUGAUUGAACAAUGUUUUGCUGCCCACGUUGUUCACACUUAUCAACAAUAUUGAACAGUAUUGUUGAGCCUGAUUCGGGUGUAACAACAUUGUUCAAUAUUGUUGACAGCUAUGAACAAUGUGGGCAGCAAAACAUUGUUCAAUCCUGUUUUCAUCAGUAUUGCAUCAACCUGAGCGUUUUUACGCAUGUACUUAGCCUAGAUUAUUACACUGACCUGAAAGGUCAAGUGUCUUAAAUCCCUAGUUUUCUGUUUUUGUCCAGAAAUGGAGUUUGCGUUAGCCCAUCGCAGGCUCAGUGUGCAACGAUUAACCCAAAAUGCCAUCGAUUCAAAUGCCAUUCGAUUCCUCGACUGCUUGAUUUAGUGUUCAUAGUAACAAGGUCCGUAUUUAUGUACGUAGUAGCAGUCUCAUGCUAUGCUUGUGGUACAUCGUUAAUUUCUUUAUUAGCCCAUACACUUGUACGCACGCGCACAAGUCAAUUACCAGUUCUAAACCUCCUGAGUCCCUAUAUGCCUCAAAGACCAUGUGUAUUUACGGAUAACGUUUGUAUUUGUGAGUAAUACUUGUGUUUCAUUGGGCAUUACGAAAACAUCUUCUGAGGAUCACGCCACGCUUUUAGCAUUUCACCGUUUCUCUGUACUAUAUUGUAUGGGAUUUGUACCAAGCGAAUUUAUACAAUAGAAUAGAAUAUAAACGAGGACAAGUUUGACAGUUUGACUACAAAUAUUGUAUGCGCAGAGUAGAAUUCUAUACUCAAUGUGUUUGUAUCAUAUGCAAUACACAUAUAGUCAUUCGCGCAUCCGUAAUGUACAGUCAAUUGCGCGACAUCCGUGAUGGGUUCAAAGCUUACGUUUCGUCUUUAACUUAAGACAUCUUCAGAGCAAUGACAUACAAAGCUAAUAAACCUGCUAAUUCAAAGCUAAUAAACCUGCUACUGAUCGACUUAAGACGUUUUACCCUCAGACGAUACAUCUGUACAAAACGCGGAAACAUUUACUUGCUACUGAUAACUACAAGAAACAUACAUUUUAUUGUGUUACUGGAGAUUUGUUGCGUCAAACAAUAAAAUUACUUUUAACUUCGAUGCGAAUUUUAAUACAAGUGAGGUAUGGUAUCAUAUUUCAUAAUAUAGUGAAAAAUGUAAACUAGCCCUACAUUUCGCCGAACAUAACUUCGGCCCCUUUGGACAUACCUUUUUCGUAAUAGUAUUAAUGGCAUCAGAAUCCAAAACACUAUUUAUAGUGUUAUUUUCAAGCUUGUGUCUUAAUUCAGAUUUUCAUCUUUCAUUUCGGUAUUUACAGAAUAUUUAUAUUUUUAGCGCGGCCCACAGAACGUAAGUCAAAACAACGCGCUGCUUAAAUCGUAGGGGUCUAAAAUUCGACUUAAGACGUUUUACCUUCAGACUGCGCUUCCUUGGAAGUUGACUGCAUGGUUGGGGUUUUUUCGUGCAACGUCUCUGGAAAUGCAAUAUCUGGAUCGCUGAGUUUUUCAAGUUUUAUACGUUUAAUAUACGGACUCACGGAAUGUAAACAAUGUUGUCUGCGUUAGCGCAUCGCAUGCUCAGAGCUAAACCAUGUGCAUUUGUGGAUAACGUUUGUAUUUGUGAGUAAUACUUGUGUGUUUAUUGGGCAUUACGAAAACAUCUCCUGAGGAUCACGGCGCGCUUUUAGCCUUUCACGCUUUGCGUCUGCGGUUCACGAUUUGUAUUCUAAUCUUGUCUAUUGCACCGUCGCUCAUAUGUCGUCAUUUUCAGGUCAGUGUGAACGCCUGAGCAGGCGUCUUGUUUUAUCUUUAAAACAAUUGUGGUAUUACUUUCUUAACUAUGUUUAUCGGCGGCCAGGGUUCGAAUUAAAUAUUUAAAAGUGAAUAGCGAAUUUCGACCCAUUGACUCAUGCAAUAAAAAGUGAAUAGCGAAUUUCCACUAUGUACAGUAAAAAAGAAUUGAGCAUUAGAUCUUCAACCAGAAAGGCUGUUAUAAUAAUAAAGAUUCUGAUCAGCAGUCUUCAUUUUUUUGGUAGUUGUACACAUAAGAUUAUAAACAACAAAGAGAGAAAAUGACGACGUAAAAUUAAAUAAUUCCAAUUUACAAUAUCACCCGUAAAAAUUUGCGCAAUAUCUAAAAGAGUUAAUUAAAAGGCAUAUUUAUUUAAAGUUAGAGUAAAUUAAAGUACAAACAAAAUACUGUACAUAUAAAAGUAAACAUGGCACAGCUCAGUUCUAGCAAAAAAAGAAACUGGCAUACGUCACACACUACACAUUAUGAAUUAACUAGAAAGUUAUUGAACAUUUUGAUUUGGGUUUUAUACCUAAGGCUAAGUGAUUGUGAAAUUCAAAUCUGAUUUUAGUUGCCUGAACAAGUAGCAUGACAUUUGACCUUUCCUAAGUGGAUUUUGACAUUUUUAUAAUGUCAGCCAAUCAUAUUAAAACAUUAAAUCAAAACACAGCUUGAGGCCAAGGCGCAAUUCUAUUCAGAAAUAUCAGCGCAUAUUAGAGAAUGUUUCGCCUAUACAAAGAAUUGUUUGAAAACAAACGUUUCCAAUGUUAUCCGUUUUACUUUUUCACAUGUGAAAUCUUCUCAGUUUGAAUAGUGAUUUUCUUAUACUACUGUAUAGCAAAGUGAGUAGCGAAAUCCAAAAACGGAUAGCGAAUCGCGAUUCGCUAUCUGUUAAUUCAAACCUAUCCUAACCCAUCCUGUUAACUUUCCCUGUGAGAGAAAACUGGAGCACUCGGAGAAAAUCCACGACUUUCGGCAGAGCGUUGACUGACUCUUUUCACAUGAGUCUGUAGCGAGAAUCCAACCCACGUUCUCAGAGUUGAAAGGCGCUUGCUUUGAGUACUGUGCCGCCGAAACUCCACUAUAAUAUAAAAACAUAAUAUGAUUUUUAUUCUCCAUCUGUAUAGUUCUCUGGAGAGUGCAAACGUGUUGAGACUGGUGAGGAGGACAAUUAUUCUCAAGUGACAACAUUUUAUAACAAAGUGUUGAACGAUGAGGAACGUGCACGUCUCGUCUCAAACAUUGCUGGACAUUUGAAAGAUGCCAAGGACUUUAUCCAGAAAAGAGCUGUAAGUUUUACUUCGUCUUGUGAUUAUUGCUAUAGAACGAAAUCAAGGGAUGUGGAUGGCACAGUGCUUGGUCCGUAUGUUUUUUACUAGCUCUGUGGCAGGCAAGGCCGCAAAAAUAGUUUAUUUUCUGGGACCGCAAGACCAACGAAAACAUUUCCUGCAAGUAAAACCACCUCAGUAAAUCUUAUUGUUUUUUAAUCUGCAGUAAAAUACUUUAAGUAUAAAGUAUGAUUGUCACUAAAAUUAAUAAAAUACACUUUCUUUCUUUAUUUAACACUUUUUACCUUCUACGGUUUUACCUUCCAUUUUUUUCUGCCAACCUGAAACAUUUUCUGGGACCAAUGGUUCCGUGGUCCGCUAUAUUUUGCAGCCCUGGUGAUAGGGGUUCAUUCAUGCAAUAUUCAAUUGUCUGAUCAUAGUUAGCUACUGUAACAUCUAAAGCGCACAGGUUAUUUCCUGGUACUUUGGUUUCCUCUUGUACUAACAAUGCAUGGUCCUUAGUGGACCUCAGAAGAAGAACUGCAGAUAGUGCUAUAUGCAGUAGAAAUAAAAUUAAUGUCGCUUAACGGCAGAGUAUCCGAGUUUGGGGGUAGGUGCCGUUGGUGGCCAAGAGCGAAAGAGCAGUUGUAGCUGGCUAGCCAAGCUGUAGCAAAGUGACGGAUGCGCGAUAAUUGCAACUGUUCUAAGUGACGUCAGGGGCUCCCCGCUGCUAGAUACAUCUGCCGUUAACUUCGCUUAAAUCUACGUUUAACCACAUUAAAAUCAAAAUCGUCGUCAGCUUUUUGGUAACAAAAUACUUCUUUCUAGGUGAGCAACUUUUCCCAAGUGAGUCCUGACUUCGGAGAAAGACUGACAAAGGCUUUGGAAGCUUAUAAAAAGGUAUGUUGCGUGGCUGUACUGUAGGGGGUGACUUUAUAACCAGCAAGCUACCGAUUGAUUCCGAUUGACAGGGAUUCGCCAGGUCGUUGAAUCAAUUGACCAUUUGCGUAAUAGACUAAUUUUUGAUCUAAACAAGUCUAGACAAAAAUUUCAUCACAGCUUGAAAGAGCAUCACAAAAUUAGUAACAUUCCAAAGUUUCGUUGCGAAAUGUUGCAAAAUGCGGAUAUUAUAGCCUUGCGAAGUUUGCCGUUUUUCAAUCAUUUCAGAUUACAAACGGGAAAUUGACAGCCCCAAAGGGUAUUGGGCUGUCAAUUUCCCGUUUGUAAUCUAAAAUGACUGAAAAUUGCAAACUUUGCAAGGCUAUAUUAUGUCCGCAUUUUACAGCAUUUCGCAACGAAACUUUGGAAUAUUACUAAUUUUGUGAUGCUUUUUCAAGCUGUGAUGAAAUUUUUGUCUAGAUCAAAAGUUAGUCUAUUAAGCAAGUGGUCAAUUGGCAGCUUUCUGAUAGUGCAGAAAAGUUUGCGAUCAUUGAGAAUAGUUAAGGCUCUGUGAUCACAGUGGGAAGAUUUGAAGGAUUUGUAAGAAAUGUUUGAGGGAAUUGACUCGGUGUUAAACACUCAAUCAGUUCUCUCAAACAUUUCUUACAAAUCCUUCAAAACUUAGAAUUUAGCUAAGCAAAAUUCCUACUCUGAUCACAGAUACUUCGGUAGCGUAAAUCAAGCUUUGGAAUGUUGGGGAUAUGACUAGAAGAUGAAGGGUAUAUAUUAGGAAAGAUAAGACGAGAUUUAAUAGAUUGCAAUGGUAGAAAUAAAGUAAAUAGUCCAUAUAGACCCAUUGCACAUGACGUCACAGCGCCGGUGACGAUGCAUCUGGAGGACAAGUUAGCAAUCUGUGCAUAAUAUAACUUUUGUAAACAAAGGAGCAUCUGGAGGACAUUCUAAGGAUUUGUGACGUUAGUGCAAUGGGUCUAUACGAUACUCCAUAUAAAAGGAUUUUAAAGAAUAACUAGUAUUAACUAGUAUAAGAUGAGUACUAAUGCUGAUUUCCAAUAGGCAAUUCCAGCUUUUAGUUUAUGCGUACAGGGGGUGAUUGGAAGUAAGGUAUCAUGUUGCUGAUUAUGCUGAAAAAAUAGAAAUGGUGGCCGUGUAAACACGGAGUGAUAGCUUAUACUUGUAAAUAUUGAAAUCGGUUGUUUCGGCAGUUUUUGUUGAAAUGUUUCACCAUAAUCAGCAAUACGUGAAUACGAUACCUUACUUCCCAUCACCCUCUGCGCGCCUAAAUUAAAAGCUGGGAUUGCCUAUUCUAAAUGAGAAAGGAUUGGAUUAGAAAGGACAAUGUGUGACAUCACACAUGACAAGAUAUCGCAAAGAAUAGGAUGUGUCUUGAAAUACGAGGCAGAAUCUUUCUAUAGCAAGAGUAGUGAAACCCCUUAAAAUUGACGUCUCGUUGAUUUUAAUAUUUUCCCCUUUUUUCCAAUUAUAUAAAGGCUAGCCUUUAA